AUGAAUAUGCAGCAAAAUCAAGAUCUUAAAAUUAAUACCAGUCCGUCAAAUCCUUUAUCGAAUCCGAUAGCAAAUUCAAAUGCGUACGGUGAAAAUACUUGGUCAGUUUAUACUGGACCAAUUCAUCAGGAUCCAAUAUUAACAUCUAGAAACACAACAACAACGACCACAACAGUUGAUAAAAAUGAUCUAGGUGCGACAGAUCCACAAUCGCACACGACAACAUCCAUAGCUCAACAAGGUACAGCGUUACCGAAUAGUAUAACUAGUAGUAGCAUCAACGGAUCGAACGAUAUACAUAAUCAGUUCAAAGUUAUGUUAUUGGGAGAUUCAGGUGUUGGGAAAACAUGUUUACUUGUGCGUUUCAAAGACGGAACGUUUUUAGCUGGUAGUUUUAUAGCAACAGUAGGAAUUGACUUUAGAAACAAAAUUGUUACGUUGGGAGAAAAAAAGAUUAAAUUGCAAAUAUUUGAUACGGCUGGUCAAGAACGAUUUCGUAGUGUUACACAUUCAUAUUAUCGUGAUGCCCACGCCUUAUUGUUACUUUAUGAUGUCACAAGUUAUUCAUCAUUUGAAAAUAUAAGCGUUUGGUUAAGUGAAAUAAAGGAAUUUGCGCACGAUGAUGUAAUCAUAAUGUUAAUUGGAAAUAAAAUUGAUAAAUCACAGCGUGUGGUAUCUAAAGAGGCUGGGGAACGUUUGGCUAGAGAUUUCGAAGUUAGUUUUUUGGAAACAAGCGCAAAAACAGGACAAAAUGUUGAACUAGCAUUUAUGGCAUGUGCUCAAGCACUUAUUGAUAAAGAAACAAGUAUUAAAAGUGGAAAAGAUUCGUUAAAUGAGAUGGUAAAAAUGGCGCAUGGUAUGAAUGGAAAAGAAACAUCGAAAAGUAGUGGAUGGUGUUGUUAA